GGAUCUCAGAGCCCGCUUGGAAACGGAGCGGGGCGGGUAGGGCCCAGCUCACCCGGACUUCGUGUUUGAUCCCGGACUUGAUAGGAAACCUCUGGAGGUGACCAAGCAUGAGAUGCGAGGAUUGUGCACCUGUGCCUGCGGAAGGCCGACCAGAAGCUGGUGAUCAUUAAGCAGAUCCCGGUGGAGCAGAUGACCAAGGAUGAGCGGCUGGCGGCUCAGAACGAGUGCCAGGUGCUCAAGCUACUCAGCCACCCCAACGUCAUCGAGUACUACGAGAACUUCCUGGAAGACAAGGCCCUCAUGAUUGCCAUGGAGUAUGCCCCAGGGGGCACGCUGGCCGAGUUCAUCCAGAAGCGCUGUAACUCCCUCUUGGAUGAGGAGACCAUCCUGCAUUUCUUUGUUCAGAUCCUGCUGGCCCUGCACCAUGUGCACACCCACCUCAUCCUGCACCGGGACCUCAAGACCCAGAACAUCCUCCUGGACAAACAUCAGAUGAUCGUCAAGAUUGGUGACUUUGGCAUCUCCAAGAUCCUGAGCAGCAAGAGCAAGGCCUACACGGUGGUGGGUACUCCCUGUUACAUCUCCCCGGAGCUGUGUGAGGGCAAGCCCUAUAAUCAGAAGAGUGACAUCUGGGCCCUGGGUUGUGUCCUCUAUGAGCUGGCCAGCCUCAAGAGGGCCUUUGAGGCUGCGGUAAGACCUGGGGGUCAGGAGGAGAGACUUUCCUGCUCACUUUCUCAUUCCCUUUGGUGGCUCCAACAGCUUGUACAAUAUCCAGGAUUCCUCUUCUCUGACCGACUCUCUCUGAAUGUCUCUACACCAAGCCUUGUCCCUCUCCUCCUUCCCAUUCAUGUUCAGGGCUUCAGCUCUUCCACACGGCCUCCCUUGAUUGACCCCACCUGGUUCUUGUCCUGCUGGAAGGUGUCAUUCUCACUGGCUGCUGCUGGCUUUGUUCCUGUCUUUUCUUCUUUGCUGGGGCUCGUGUCUGUGUCUUGUCUCCCUCAUCAGCAUGGUAACUUCCCAGGAGGAAGGGCCUGUGUCUGUGCAGGAACUGGGUUUUCUCUCUCUCUCUCUCUCUCCUGGCCUGGCCUGGCCCUGUGUGCUGUCCACGUGGUUUUUGAGUGCCUUGGCUUUGCACAGAAUCUCCCAGCUCUGGUGCUGAAGAUCAUGAGUGGAACCUUCGCGCCCAUCUCAGAUCGAUACAGCGUUGAACUCCGCCAGCUGGUGCUGAGUCUGCUGAGCCUCGAGCCUUCCCAGCGGCCCCCCCUGAGCCACAUCAUGGCCCAGCCCCUGUGCGUGCGGGCCCUGCUCAAUCUCUAUACCGAUGUGGGCAGCGUCAGGAUGAAGAGGGUAGAGAAGCCCCUGGGAAGCGUGCCCUCGAUGCCGUGUGGCCGAGCAGGUGGCAGAACAAGUGGCCCCCGAUCUCGCGGUGGCCCUCAGGGGCUGCCCCGGCCGGCCAUCCCACCUCCCCUGUCUUCUGUCUACACCUGGGGCGGCGGGCUCAGCAUCCCCACCAGGCUGCCCAUGCUCAACACUGAGGUGGUCCAGGUCUCAGCCGGCCGCACCCAGAAGGCUGGCGUCACACGGUCAGGGCGCCUCAUCAUGUGGGAGGCGCCACCCAUGGGGGUCGGUGGGGGCAUCCUGCUGCCAGGAGCUUUGGAACAGCACCAGCCUCAGUUCAUCUCGCGCUUUCUGGAGGGCCAGUCGGGUGUGACUAUCAAACAUGUGGCUUGUGGGGACCUCUUUACUGCCUGUCUCACGGACCGGGGCAUCAUCAUGACCUUUGGUAGCGGUAGUAACGGCUGCCUGGGCCACGGCAGCUUCACUGACCUCAGCCAGCCUACAAUUGUGGAGGCCCUGCUGGGUUAUGAGAUGGUGCAGGUGGCCUGUGGGGCAUCCCACGUCUUGGCCCUGUCCACAGAGCGGGAGCUGUUUGCCUGGGGCCGUGGGGACGGUGGCCGAUUGGGGCUGGGCACCAGGGAGUCUCACAGCUCCCCACAGCAGGUGCCCAUGCCCCCUGAACAGGAAGCCCAGUGGGUUGUGUGUGGCAUCGACUCCUCUAUGAUCCUCACAGUGCCUGGCCGGGCCUUGGCCUGCGGGAGUAACAGGUUCAACAAGCUGGGCUUGGAUCGAGUGUCCCCUGGGGAGGAUCCUGCCUCCCAUGACCAGGUGGAAGAAGCCCUGAGCUUUAUGCCACUUGGUUCUGUACCCCUGGACUCAGAGCCUCUAGUGAGUGUGGACGUUGGCACUGCCCACUCUGCUGCUGUGACAGCCUCUGGUGUAUGCUACACAUUUGGCAGCAACCAGCAUGGGCAGCUGGGCACCAGUGCCCACCGGGGCAGCCGAGCCCCCUGCUUGGUGGCAGGGCUCCAGGGCAUCAAGGUGGUGAUGGUAGCUUGUGGAGAUGCCUUUACCGUGGCCAUUGGUGCAGAAGGAGACGUGUAUACUUGGGGCAAAGGUGCCCGUGGCCGACUGGGGCGCAAGGAUGAGGAUGCUGGGCUCCCUCGGCCUGUGCAGCUGGAUGAAGCUCAGCCCUACCUAGUGACCUCGGUGUCCUGUUGCCAUGGGAACACCCUGCUGGCCAUCAGACCUGCCACAGAGGAAUCUGUACCACCAUGAAGACGGCAGGCUAGGUUUCUGCUCCAGCAAAGAACAGAUACCUCACCCUCCUCCUCUCUGUGCCACCCCCCAGCUGGUACUGGGUGGGUACUUUCAGCUGUUUUCUGACUUCAGUGUGGGCAGUGCCUCAGCUCUAAGAUGGUGUGACUUACCAGUGAUCUGUCUCUAGGGGAGCCUGUAUUCUAGCUCCCCUGGAAUGCCUCGGGCACAGGACUGGAAAUGCCAACCUCUUUCCCCCAGCUCCUCCAGCAAACACUAAGUGCAAGCUUCCAUGAUAGGCUUGGUCUGCCCCUCUCCCCAGCCCACUCCCCAAUCCCCCUUACAUGUCAGGCUUGCAGCACACCCUGGCAGCGUUGGGCCCAGCUUCCCUGGGGGCAUUUAGAGCCUGGCUUUGGUCCCCAGAAAGCUUUUGAAGACAACAGACUUGGCCAUCAGGGAGGGGGCAGGUACCCACUCUCAGGCCUUCAGGCAGCAGGCUGUGUGUCUGUGUCUGUGUAUAUUUCCCCAAGAACACUUCCACAAAUCCAGGACAGGGGAGUCAGUUCAUUUCUUCAGUGCCAGGGUGGAGAUUGGAUGCCCGUGGCUCCUGGACACUAGGCAAGUUUGAACUUGUUCCUAUGGUCCAGAGCUUUCCAUUUUAGGGAGGGGGAGUGUCUGGAAGGGUAGCUGCCACCCCCACACUGGCAGCCCCAGUGGGUCUAGAAUUUGCACAAGAGAUUCCUGGGGGGAAAGGGGGCAGUGUAUGGGGCACCUGGGUAAGGGCAGAGAUGUAAUGCAGAGAACACUCCACGGGGAGAGGAGGAAGGGCCUUGUGGAGCCUCACUUCCAGCUUCCUGCCUUGGCCUCCUCGCUGCCUUGGGGAGGUCCUCCUGGGCAGAGGUCUCUCCCUAGAGAUGCCUGAGGGCUGGCUGGAAGGGUUGCCUGAAAUGUCAUC